GAGGGGGUAGUGGUGGCUGCCUAGUACUAAAAUUAAGGCUGUCUUAACUUGCAUUUAAACCUGGACAAAGUUUUGCACCAAACAUCACUGCAUCUGGAAUUAAGCCUCGCCCGCCAGCCAGGAGCAGGUUAUGGCACUACCGCUGCGUCCUGCACAGGAGCUCCCAUUAUUAUCGGUCAUCCUCCUUGGUCUGCUGAGUUUUGGCAAUGGAGGUGCCUAUUAUGGCAUGAAACAAUUACCCCCGCAGAUUCCACAAUACCAGCACAUGGGGCAGCAAAUGCAUCACAUGCCGAUUGGAAAAGAUGGCAUGCCUAUGGGGCACAUAGGAAAGGAGAAAGCACACAUGCCGCAUUACGGAAAGGACAUCCCACAGAUGCCGAUGUUUGGCAAAGACAUGAUUCCAAGAAAAGACAGCAAAGAGCUUCCAUUAUCUGGCCGAAGAGGUGAUCAAGGCCCAUCUGGUGAACCUGGACCAAGAGGACCACCAGGACCUCCUGGACUACCAGGGCAAGGACUGCCGGGGCCAAAGGGAAACUCUGGCCCACCAGGCCCACAAGGUUAUCCUGGUAUUGGCAAACCAGGAAUGCCAGGCAUGCCAGGAAAACCAGGAGGUAUUGGAAUACCAGGCCCAAAAGGAGAGUACGGCCCUAAAGGAGAGUCUGGACAAGCUGGCCAACCAGGACUUCAGGGAGCACCUGGUCCUGCUGGUCUAUCUGCUAUUGGAAAACCAGGUGAACCAGGUUUACCAGGACUUGCAGGACCUAAAGGUGAACCAGGAUUUAAAGGACCACAAGGAUAUCCUGGAAUUGGAGGCCCAAAAGGAGAAAAGGGAAUUGGUGUACCAGGUUUACCUGGACUCAAAGGUCCUCCAGGGCUACAGGGACCCUCAGGCCCACCUGGCUUGCCUGGUAUUGGUAAACCUGGUAUGAAUGGUUUCCCAGGAUCAAAAGGACAUUCUGGUAAUCCUGGAUUACAGGGACAGCCAGGGCUAGUAGGACCUGUUGGGCCACCUGGGCUUCAAGGCCCACCAGGAAUUCCAGGUAUUGGAAAACCAGGCAUUGAUGGUCUUCCAGGUGAAAUUGGAGUACCUGGUGGCAAAGGUGAUCAAGGACUUCCAGGUUUACCAGGAGCUCCUGGUCUUCCAGGAAUGGGUAAGCCAGGUUUUCCUGGACUAAAAGGUGAUCGUGGUUUUGGUGGCGCACCAGGUCUCAUGGGGCCAAAAGGCGAGAAAGGUCAUGUAGGUGAACCAGGUAUAGGAGGCCAGCCAGGUGAGUCUGGUCCUACCGGUUUGCCUGGGGCUAUGGGACCUCCAGGUGUUGCAGGAUUUCCUGGUGUCAAAGGAGAUCGCGGUAUAGCAGGUCCUGACGGUCCAGCAGGACCCAAAGGUGAACCAGGAAUUCAAGGACUUCCAGGUAAACAAGGAUUUCCAGGAGAAGUAGGGCCACAAGGUCUUAGAGGUUUACCAGGUCCACUUGGCCCAAAGGGAGAAGGUGGACAUAAAGGCUUAACAGGGCAACCAGGUACACCUGGAUUGCCUGGACCUAAAGGAGAAUCUGGAAUUCCAGGUGAACUAGGAUUGCAAGGGCCAACUGGAAUUCCUGGAUUUGCAGGACCAAGCGGUCCUAUUGGUCCUCCAGGUCUGCCCGGAUCAAAGGGGGAUCAAGGAUUACCAGGAGAACCUGGCCUACCUGGUGUUGGCAAAAAUGGUUUGCCAGGACCCCAAGGUCCUUCAGGACAACCUGGAGCAAUAGGACCCCCUGGACAGCGUGGCUUGCCAGGUCCUCCUGGGCAACCAGGUGCACCUGGACUUCCUGCAGAAAUCCCUCCUACACCACCUGGAAUGGGUCAGUAUUUACCAAACAUAGGACCUGCUAUUGAUGGAGUGAAAAACCCACAUGGCUACACAGGGAAGAAGGGAGGUACAGUCCCCAAUCAUGAAAUGCCAGCAUUUACAGCCGAACUCACCACUGCCUAUCCACCAGUUGGAGAACCUAUAAAGUUUGAAAGAUUGCUAUAUAAUGGCAGACAAGGCUACAACCCACUCACUGGCUUAUUCACUUGUGAAAUUCCUGGAAUCUACUACUUUUCAUACCACAUCCAUUGUAAGGGUGCAAAUGUUUGGGUGGCGCUGUACAAGAACAAUGAACCAUUAAUGUACACAUAUGAUGAAUAUAAGAAGGGCUACCUGGACCAAGCUUCGGGGAGUGCAGUAGUCCCACUGAUGUAUGGAGAUAGAGUAUACAUUCAGAUGCCUUCAGACCAAGCUUCUGGACUGUAUGCUGGCCAAUAUGUCCACUCAUCAUUCUCUGGUUAUUUAUUAUAUCCAAUGUGAACAGCACUAGUGACAAAAACUCUUAAAUUAAAUGUUGCUUCUACUUUUUUUACUAUAUCAGUAAUAACUGCCUUAAAACCUCCGCUACCAGUGGAACAGUGAUGCUAAGUGAUAUGUUCCUAACCCAAAGGCAGCCACUAAUGCUGAAUGGCAGUUGGAGCAUGGUCCUUUACUACCGCUACAUCUUCAAUUGUACUAUGCACAUUAUUCACAAUGGAGAGAACAAUUUACUUACAUUGAAUUAUGGUCUGGUGCUGUCCUCUUUAGUGUCUUGGCACAUAUUGCACACACCGAUUACAGUGGUUGUAAGUUUGCUAUGACACUGUUUCAUAUACAUUACCGUUUAAACUAUUAUAUUUUUAUUACAUAGAUUACAGGGAAAGUAACGUUUCAUAAAAUAUAAAAUGAAAUAUAAGGCAUGUACAAACUCACAAAAUAACAGACCAUAGUGGAAGCCUACAUCGACGCAAAUAUAUUGCCCACACUUAACAUAUUUUUAAAGGGCAUACCAAACAUUUCAUUUAUUAAUGUACAAAAUUCACUGAUGUUUUCACUUAGAACUUUAGCAUAACUUUAUUUUUUUCACUACUAAUUGAAUGAAGAGUUGGGAAGUAGUGGUAUUGAAAAAUAAGCAAUUGUUCACAGUAUAUCAUAAUAAUGUAUCAGUACUGUGUAUGUGCGCUGGAAUUUAAAAAAUUUUUUUAUAUUGCACACACAACUUCAAACCUGUAUUUCCGAUUCCUUUCUUGACAGCGUGCCUCAUCCGUAAACUGGAUUUAGUGUUCAACUGAAUUAUCACAAUAAAAUUAAAACCUUUUUUCUUACCAUUUGUUUAAAUCCACAAAAAGAUAACAAAUAGGGCAGUGGUUUCCAAACUUUUUUUUUUAUCACGGCGCCCUAGAAUAUCAGAAUUUUUUUCACGGCACCCCAAGGCCAAACAUUUCUUAUUGAGAAAUUUAGAAAGAAAUAUUAAAGUAGAUUGUGUUUAUGUCAUCCCUAGGCUCAAUUGUGUGGUGAGGGACAAGAUUGCUUCUGUUUGUCCCCAUAUUUUAUGACUGACAGCCACCAGCACUAGUUUUUCCUAUUAUAUUGACCAUAAAUAAUUUUUAUUGGUCCUGAACCACCAAUCCAAGGCACCCCUGCAAGUGUCCCGAGGCACCCCAGGGAGCCACGGCACACAGUUUGGGAACCACUGUAAUAGGGUAUUUUAUCAUGGCCCAACCCUGCUAUAUGAUCACAUUUCUUGUGAGCGUGCCUUGAUUUGACUGUGACCUGCUAUGCAUGUUUGUACAGAAUUUAUUUGUACAGAUUAAGGGGUCUAUUUACUAAAGGCCAGUACUCACUUGCCGAUGUGGGAGAGAUGUGUGCUGAGCGAACCGCUCAGCAAACAUCUCUCCCACCGCUCAGCACAGCGCGAUGUGUGCUGAGCGUGCGGGGGGGAGACUGGGGGGGCGCUAAUUUCACCCAGCGGGUGAAGUGAGCGGCCUGCUAGAUUGGCCUGCAUGCAGACCAAUCUAGCACCAGCGAUAGUGAUGCGCGGGGCUGCGCAUCGCUAUAGCUGUAGGGGGUAUACACGGAGCGAUCAUGCUUAAAAUCUAAGCAAUCUAGUCAGAUUGCUUAGAUUUAAGCAGCGAUCACUCCGUGAGUACCCCCCUUUAGUCUUGGAUGGAGAUAAAGUCGCAGGAGAUAAAAGUACCAGCCAAUCGGCUCCUGUAAUUUUUCCAACACAGCCUGUGACAUGGCAGUUAGGAGCCGAUUGGCUGGUAUUUUAUCUCCAGUGACUUUAUCUCCAUCCAAAGCUUAGUAAAUAGCCCUUUUAGUAUUAGUCUUACUUGUGCAAUUCAUUUUUUUAUUAUUAUUAUUAUUUGAUUUCAAUUUAAGCUCACAUUUUACAAACCUUUGUAAAAUUUGUAAAAUUAGCUUCACAAAUUAAAACAUGAUAAAUUAGAUUUCAAAUGCACUGCUCAGGAGUUUAGUUAAUAUAUGGAGUGUGAGAUUUUUAUGUACUACUUUGUUGCUGCAAAUUUCCAAUUUUGUUAUAGAAAGAGUUAGACAUUUGCUGUAGAAAGGCUGCUAGCAAACAAUCACUAACCUGGUGCAGAGAAUGGUGUAUUUUAUGAUGUUUUUAUACUACAGUAACCCACCCAUAAUAAUGUGCAAUAGACAAUACAGAACGGAGAUUAUCUGUGUUUAAACAUAUCAUCUGAACUCAUAUCUAUGCUUAAAUAGACAGCUUUAUAUUUGGAUCAUAUUAUGUUAAAAAUAAAAAUAAAGUAAAAAAGGUAAAAAGCAAACAAACAAAAAAUUGUGAUGCAAAUGUUUUUACUUAUGCUUUAAUGAAAAAAAAACAAAAACAAUUUUAUAAGUAUUGAUAUGAGGCUCUAAUUUUACAACUCAUAGGGUAGUUUUAUUCUAAAUCUAUAUCUAAAUAUAUACAUACACUAAGUUGGUUUCAUGGUAUUACUACUGUAUAUCCAAUCAAUUAUUUCAGUAAAUUAUUUUUCUUUAAAAAAAAAUUGCAAUAAUUCACAGAGCCUCAACAAACUUCCUAAAGAAAUGCACGGAACAAAUAUCAAAUACUGUAUGUUUAAAAUGGUGCUAAACGUAUAAAGUGAAAUAAGUUUAAUUUAAACAAUGUAAAAAUAAAAAUGAAUAUUUUUCUUCAUGAAAUCAAGCUUUCCAGUGACUGAUCUGAGACAAUAUAAUAGUAAUUUAAUUAUAACAUGGCAAUGCACAAAUGGAUUUUCAAACUUGGUUUAAGCAUGGGAAGGAAAUGCUGUUUUGAAUGUAGAACUGAAAAAAGGUCAACAUGUUGGCAAACAAUAAAGUUUUUUCCCCAAA